AUGCCCUGCUUGAUUGUGACUGGGUAUCCCUCGGCCGGCAAGACGACGAUCUGUGGUUUGCUCAAGGAACGAGCGCUCUUGCGCCAGGAGAUUGAGGAAGUUCAAAUUGUCAACGAGGAAUUUGCUUGUCCAGACUAUUCCAAGAAUGAAUGCUAUGCCAAUUCGCUCCGUGAAAAGCAAACCCGGGCCGCAAUGAAAUCAUCCUUUGAUCGUGCUGUUGGGAUUACCAAAACCCAGAACAAACCAAGCAAGAGUAACAGCAAAACUCUGAUCAUUUUGGAUUCUCUCAACUACAUUAAAGGGUUCAGAUAUGAGCUACACUGUAUCUCAAAGGCAGCUGGAGAAAAGCAUGCUAUUCUGUGGGUGCUGAACAGUAUGGAAACUGUUGAACAAUGGAACCAAUCGCGAUCGAAGGAGAGGGCCUACCAACCUGCACUGUUGAAGGAACUCAUUCAGCGAUAUGAACCUCCCGAUGAUCGAAAUCGAUGGGACAAGCCUCUUUAUACAGUUGAUGUCACUCCAUCGUCAACUGCAACCAAUGCCACAACAAAACCAGAAUCAUUUGAGACUGGAAGCAACGAACUAGAGACAAAACAAACAACGACUGCCAGUUCCAAAAGCGAAGCAGUCCAAAACAGUGUCUAUAAUAUGCAUGCGCUAGAAGAGAACUUUGCAGACACGACAACAUCCGCGGCUGUAGAUUCAGCAACAGCAUCAUUGUCGCAACCGGUGACCAAAGGAAAGAAACCAAAGAAGAGUGCUUUCUCACGAGCUCGAACGGCAGCAUCCAAAGCUGCCCAGCAAUCAAAACCGAAAUCAAACAAUCUAAACACUCCUCUCAUUGCAACUGCGACAAAAGGUACCUCUUCCGCGUCAGAAUCUGCUUUGGCAGGUCAACAUCCACAACCACCAUUACAUCAACAGGAAGAAAGACAACAGCAGCCACCACCUAAACCCUUGGAAGAGCAAUUGGAUGAUAUCCUCGAUAACUUCUUGCUCAGAGUACAAUCUCUGAAAGAGGGGCACUCGACGCGAAAUUACAUUGCGGGGGACGCCAAUGUAUUGCAGGACUUGGAUUCGAUAUCACAAAAGGUGAUCUCAGCCAUUAACAGUGCCCAAAAUUUUUACACAGGUGGUGAUACACUCCAAUUUCAAUUCCCUUCCAAGGAUUCUACACUAUCACAGUCCUUUUCUUUCUCCCUUAAAGGAGCUCGUCAACGAGUCUCGUUAGCCGAAUUGAGACAACUUCGAAUGCAGUAUUUGCAAUGGGCAGGUACACACCCUCCGGAAGAUACUUCUGAAAAUGGAAUUGCCAAUGCCUUUCGUCUUUAUUUAGAGGAACAGCUGACUAAAUAG